GUCGCGGGCGGGGUGAGAGGUCACGGCGGCGGCGGCGGCGCCGGUACGAGGGCAGCGGAGCCGCGUCCCGGCCCCGGUCAUGGCGGCCCGGCGGCUCCGCAGCGCCCUCCAGCUCGGGGCCCGGCAGCGGCUGCGGGCCGCGGCGGCCCCGCCCGGCAGGCACACGGCCCUGGGCGGCCUCCGGCUCAGCCGGCUCGGCCGGGCGGCGAGUGGCGCCGAGUGGGAGCCCCGGACCCAGCCCAGCCGGUCUUUCCUCAACCUCACCAACAAGCGGAAGGAAUACUCGGAGCGGCGCAUCAUCGGGUACUCCAUGCAGGAGAUGUACGACGUGGUCUCCAACGUGGAGGACUACAAGAACUUCGUGCCCUGGUGCAAGAAGUCGGUGGUGGUCUCCAAGCGGACGGGGCACGUCAAGGCCCAGCUGGAGGUGGGCUUCCCGCCCGUGGUGGAGCGCUACACUUCCAUCGUCACCCUCGUCCGCCCCCAUCUCGUCAAGGCCGUCUGCACGGACGGGCGCCUCUUCAACCACCUGGAGACGAACUGGCGCUUCAGCCCCGGCAUCCCUGGCUACCCCCGCACCAGCACCGUGGAUUUCUCGAUCUCCUUUGAGUUUCGCUCCCUGCUCCACUCCCAGCUGGCCACCGUCUUCUUUGACGAGGUGGUCAAGCAGAUGGUGGCAGCCUUCGAGCGCCGGGCGGCCAAGAACUUCGGGCCCGAGACCCGCAUCCCCCGGGAGCUCAUGUUCCACGAGGUCCACCAGACGUGAGGACGGCCCCGGCCACCGCGGACUGUGCCAGGGCCCCGGGGGCCGCCCGGCCCGCGCCCACCCGCCUAAAUAUUUAUUUGAGUGCAUCUCUGCUGCCGUCGCCUCGACUUCCCUCCCGGCCCCGGGGGCCAGAGGUGACGCUCCUGCGAGCGUGGGGGCUGCCACGAGCCCCCGGCCCCACUGCGGGAGCUGCGUCCCAGCGCUGGACUCCCUGGUUUUGUAGCUGAUUUUGGUUUUAAGUUUUGUUUUAUUCUGGGGAGCUCUUCCCCCCCCCGCCCCAGCCCCGUUUUGUUCCUUUUAUCUCCUUGGCAAGGCCAGAGGGUCCUGGUGGCGGGGGCAGCUCCGGUGCCGGCUGUGCCUGGCCCCACCACGUCGCUCCAGGAGAGCAGGAGGAAGGUAUGGGGGGGUCACUAGUGGGGGGAGCCCAGCCGGAUCCUGCUGGGGAGCACAAGGCGGGGGGGGGGCAGAGGCAGUGAGUGCCCAGGGAAGGAAGGGGCCCAGCUGCCGGGGCCCCCGGCUCCCCAGGAGCGAAAGGGAAGGGGAGCGGGGCGGGAGGAAACCCCGGUGGGGGCCGUGGCCAGGCACCGGAGCCGAGGAACACCCCCCCCCCCGCCCCCCAUUCCCCAGGCAGCCCCCGCUCCCCCCGGCAGCCCCGCCGUCGCACACUUUGCACAAGUUACACGCACAGGGAGGGGGAACGGGGCGGCCUGCGCU